CAGCAGCAACAACGUCGCAGAGAAAGCUGUCAUUGCGCCAAAUGACACUGUCAUAAGCGAGAAUGUGCGGUAAUUUCUAUAAAAGUAUAUGAGAAUGACGCGGCAUCAAUCAGUCAAUUUGUGAGAGUGCGCGCGCACGACGCCGAUAAAUUCAUUAACCUGUUUAUGACGAAAACGCAAAAACAUAUAUCUAACCAUAAAUAAGGCGAUAAGUUAUCGAACGAGCGCAACCGAGAUCGAGCAGCUGUGAAGUAGAGGGAAUAAAUAACAAUGAUAUGGCUGACGAUGGCGAACUUGCAAUCGCCGAUUACACUGAUCUCCCUGCUGGCCGUCGUGUCCAGCGUCAAAGCGAACAAACCUACACAGCCUAUUGAGCGAAAUAAUUGCAACAGCUCCACGCAACCCCACAUGUGGGGCGAUGUCGACCCGAACAUAUUCUACAUCUGCGAUGAGACGAGCAACGCCACGCGUCAAAUGCGCUGUCCGGCGGGACGUGGCUUCUUUCGUGGGCGCGGUUAUUCCGGUUGCAUACCGUACGCCGACUGGCCGGCCUGCCUCGACAGCCCCAGUCUGCCCGAAAGCCAAAACAGCGGUAGUAGUGGCAGUCAGCGUAGCAAUGCCACCGUGGAGAUAUGCAAGGACGAAUUGCAUCUGCAGCAGACCUGGGCGGCUGUGAAUCCGAAUAAAUUUUACAUAUGCCAAAGUGAGCACUCCGAACCGUUGCUGCUGAACUGUGAAGCGGGCAAAGGUUAUGUCAGCGCCUGGACUGGCGAGGGUGGUGGCGUUCAUGGCGGCGAAGGCACGCACAUUGCAGGCUGUGCCGCAUGGGAGAAGUGGCGCAUGUACAUGCAUUGUACGGACUUCUAUUGAGAUCUCCGCUAAUUGAGGUUAAAAAAAAAAAAAUUAAAACUUGCAACGCAAAAACUGAGUAACAUGUGCAAAUAUGUGUGUGAGGGCGGAUGCUGCACUGCUGUGCGAGGGGGCCGAGUGAGUGCAUUCAUGUGUCGCUGUUGUUCGAAAUAUUCCAUACAUUGCGCACACACACUCAUGCAGCAUGUACGCUUCAUAUGUGUGUGUUGUUUUUGUAAACGUAUGCGCUUUUAUGCAAUAAAUUUGUUUUGUUUUUUUGUUUUUAUACGACCCCCUAUGGCAAGAAUGCUGUGGCAGCGCUUUCACGUUGGUAAAAGUAAAAACUGUAAUUAAGUUAAAAUAGGUAUGAUAAGUUCCAAAAUUGUUUUUCGACUGAUACUGUUGAUAAGAUAGCAGCGAGUGGCAGUGAAUUGUGUUGGAAAAAAUCUCUGCUUGGUUUCCGUUUAAUGAAUAAAUUGAUUGAAAUUGCUGUGGGCCAUGAAAUUGAAAUGCGAUAACAAUUAUGAUUUCUGCUCACAGUGCUUCCUAGAAAUACGACGAGUGAAAUUAUAAUGACAAACAAAUAUAAAAUAUGUGUAUGUAGCUAUAUAUGGAAUCAUAUUUCUAUAGAACAAAAUUUAAGUAGAUUUUUCAAAUAUUUCCUCCAAGUGUAUAUUGU